GCUCCCGGGCGGGUCGAGAGAGGAAGAAGACCGUGUCCUUUAGCAGCAGCCUAUCAGAGAAGAAGAUCAGUAGUGCGACCGACUGUAUCCACUCAAUGGUGGAGGGGAGCGAAUUGAAGAAGGUGCGUCCCAACUCUCGCGUGUACCAACGCUACUACCUUCUUGACGCGGGACUGCAGGCUCUGUGUUGGGAGCCCUCCAAGAAGGAUUCGGACAAAGCCAGGAUUGCGCUCGCCUCCAUCCGAGAGGUGCGGACAGGUCGUAACACGGAGGUAUUCCGCACGAGUGGAGUCUACGAGCAGAUUUCGGAGGACUGCGCUUUCUCGAUCAUCUAUGGAGAGCUAUACGAGAGCCUGGACCUUGUGGCCCACUCAACAGAAGUGGCUCAUAUUUGGGUGACGGGCCUAAGGUAUCUGAUCCAGUACGGUAAAAAUGCCCUGGACAUGCUUGCCAGCAAACAGCACAGCCUUCGUCUUGGCUGGUUGGAGCAGCUUUUCGCCUCUGCUGCUGAUAAAGAGCUUCAGAGGGGUCGGAUCGAGUCUCUUUCUCCUAAUAAUGGAUCAGGAGCUAAUGACCUCACCAUAGUCAAACCAACACUCGGGGCAAGAAACGAGAGGGUCACGCAGCGGGAGUUCAUCGAGGUCUUUCACGACUUCUGCACACGUCCGGAGAUUUACUUUCUCUUGGUGCAGUUCUCCAGCAACAAGGAAUUCUUGGACGUCCAAGACCUGACGAGGUUCCUCGAGGCUGAGCAAGGCGUUGCCCAGGUGACAGAGGAAGACAGCCUGAGUCUCAUCCAGUCCCACGAGCCAUCAGAAGAGGGCCAGCAGCAGGGCUACCUGUCGAUGGACGGCUUCAAUAGCUACUUGAUGUCGCCAGAGUGCCACCUCUUCGAUAGGGAGCACGACACUGUGUGUCAGGACAUGUCCCAGCCUUUGUCGCACUAUUUUAUCAACUCCUCUCACAACACCUACCUCAUCGAGGACCAAUACAAAGGGCCCUCUGACAUUUCCGGCUACAUCCGGGCGCUCAAGAUGGGCUGCCGAUGCGUGGAGGUGGACAUAUGGGACGGUCCCGAUGAGGAGCCGGUCGUGUGUACCGGACAUACUCUUUGCCCUCCUCUCGCCCUGCGCAACGUGUUGGAAGCAAUUGCGCGGUUUGCUUUUGUUGCAUCAGAGUAUCCGUUGAUUGUGUGUAUCGAGAACCACUGCUCGCUGAGACAGCAGAAAGUGAUGACGCAGCAUCUGGUGCGAAUACUCGGCGAUCAGCUGUCGACGCAACCCCCGGACGAGAGGGAGUCGUACCUCCCCUCGCCGCAAGACUUAAGGCAUCGGAUCCUGCUGAAGGGGAAGAAGCUCGAGCCUGGUUGGGAAGCGGAAGAGGGUGAAGUCAGUGAGGAGGAUGAAGGGGCUGAAAUGUGUCCAAGGAUGAAGGCGGCGAGCAAUGGUGGGGCAGGACUUGAAGACAGUCCUAAAGAAAAACAGCAGAGAAGCUUCAAUUCAACAGCUGCCAGCCAGUGCAAUCCUCCUCAUCUUCCUCACAAACAAUUCCAUCUGCUGAAGGAGCUCUCGGACCUGGUCACUCUUUGCGAGUCGGUCCACUUUGUCGACUUCCCAACAUCAAGAAAAAGCCAAAAACCUUGGCAGUUGUGCUCUUUUAAUGAGACCCAGGCCGGGCGUCUCGCUGGCGAGACCCCCGGUGACUUCGUCAACCAAAACAAACGCUUCCUGUCACGGGUGUACCCGAGCCCCAUGCGCAUUGAUUCCAGCAACGUAAACCCUCAGGACCUGUGGAAAUGCGGUUGCCAGAUUGUGUCUAUGAACUUCCAGACAGCCGGGCUGAUGAUGGACCUCAACGCCGCCUGGUUCCGGCAGAAUGGAAAUUGCGGUUACGUUCUGCGGCCCGCCAUCAUGCGGCGGGAGGUGUCUUAUUUCAGUGCGGACACCAGAGACACCGUGCCUGGGGUGUUACCUCAGCUGCUCCAUGUCAAGGUAAUCAGCGGACAGAAUCUUCCCAAGCCGAGGGGUUCUGUGGCCAAAGGGGAUGUGGUGGACCCUUACGUUUACGUGGAGAUCCACGGCAUUCCAGCCGACUGCACAGAGCGCCGCACCAGGACCGUCUCCCAGAACUGCGACAACCCAGUUUUCGAUGAGAGCUUCGAGUUCCAGAUCAACCUGCCGGAGCUCGCCAUGGUUCGCUUUGUCGUGCUGGACGAUGACUUCAUCGGAGAUGAGUUCAUAGGUCAGUACACCAUCCCGCUGGAGUGUGUCCAACCCGGGUACCGUCACGUCCCGCUUCAGUCUCUGACCGGGGAGGAUCUUCCCCACGCCAAGCUUUUCGUCCAUGUGGCCCUCACCAAUCGUAGAGGCGGGGGCAAGCCUCACAAAAGGGGCCUGUCUGUGCGAAAAGCUCGCAGGAGACGGGACUACACGGCUCUACGGGACUUGGAAAUCCGGGUCGUUGAUGAGGUUUUCAAAAUGGCUGGUCCUCUGUUGAGAGAGGCCACGGACUUGAGGGAAAACAUGCAGAAUUCUGUGGCGAUGUUUCGGGAGUUGUGCGGGGUGUCGGCUGUGUCCAACCUCAUGCAGUGCAUACUCGCUCUUGGCUCCAGAGUGAGAGGACCCGAUGGGAUCCCUUUACUACUGUUUGACCUCCAGAAGCACUACCCCACCUUGGAGCCUCAGGGAGCCCUGCCUGAUGUCCUUCGCCGCGUUGUCUCCACAUACGACAUGAUGGUCCAGGCCAGCAAAGCCGUGUUCGAGCUCUCUGAUGGAAUCUAUGAAAGGAUUCUGCAUAUAAAGAUUGCGGCCAUGACAUUCCACGAGCAUUUACAGAGCCUGGCGGCGAAGGAGGGCCUGAAAGGGCGAAAGGCGGGUCGAGCUGUGGAGAGCUUCACCUGGAACAUCACCAUCCUUAAGGGUCAAGCUGAUCUUCUCACGUACGCCAAGGCUGAAGUUGAGGAGAACAUGAAGCAGGUGCACGAUGCCGCUCUGACGGGAAACCUCGCCCGGGAGAGUCGAGGAGUUACAAGAGCGCGCUCCCAGUCACGGAAAAGCCAGCACGACAACGCCAAUGCGUGUGACGAGCGAUUCCAGCGAUGAGACACUUGACCCGACUGCUGUCCGCUACACUACUCUUGCCGCUCGCCGCCAAGGAAUCACCCGUUUAACGUUUGAUAUUGUGCACCGUUCACGUCUUCUCUCAGAGGAAGUCUGUUGAUCAUAUUUGUGAAAACGGCUGAAUAUUUUUGAGACCUUUUCUGCUGUGCAAUACGUUUUAAAGGUGGGAUAUGAGCACAUAAAAUACACCCGAUGGGCUUUCUAGAGGUUGGGCCAGACUAGGCGUGGGCAAUAUAUGAUCCGGUAGUAUCAUUAUUAAUAGUGUAAGUAAGCCUUUUGUUCCCUUAAAUUUGAAUCAAAAUAUAUUCAUUUAUUAGUUCGUUAUCUCACGAUAGUUUGACUUGUAAAAAUAAAUAACAAUGGUAAACUGAAACCACAUUAACAUGUUUUUUUGUUAAUGUCAAGGCUUCUGAAAUCACCUCUUCUAGCUUCAUUGAAAUGAAUGGAAAUGCCAUGAAUUCCAGCCUUGCAAAAAAA